UCAACAGCUAAACACUGCCCUGACGAACAUCAUUUCGUACUACACACCCCAGUACUUCCUCAGUCUGACUCUUUCUAUUUGUCAAACUCUAGCCGAAUUCAUUGUGCUAUUUUCACUCGCUAAGCAAGCCAGUCUCUUCUCUAUCUCCACUUCUGAGCUAGACUUGCCAAGUUCAGCUUCUUAUUUGCAAUUCUAGAACAUUUCACAAGUUUCGCCGCAGCUUAUCUCAUCGGCUUCAUUGUCUGCUCAUCCGCUUAGCUGAAGCUUGUUCACCUGAGACCCACUAUGCAAACCGUCCUCCUCCGCCUUGCCUCCACCGGCGAACCGCUCGUCGGCACCGGUAUUCUCAGCCUCCCGUCGGCACCGCCACCGCGCGACUUCCGUGCUGGCGAUGCGCUCUACCGCGUGGUGCUCGCAAUCCCGGCAUCAGCGAAAAUUACCCGCGGUGGUGUCGUCUGGACAAACGCUCCGCCUGCAGGAACCCCUUUCGACCGCACGCGCUUCUACAAACACCCGAUUAGCGGCUCUUUCUCCAAGGAUGUAUUCCUUCCCAUUGACGUUUUCGUUCCAGGUGCCUACUGCUACUAUGUGAGUUACCUCGCAGAGCAGCCGGAAACCACGCGCAAGUUCUACUUUAACGCGCCGUGCGCGCUCACCCUCAACGGCGAGUUUCUCCCCUUCAACGCCAUCUCCAUGGAGAGCAUCAUCUCCAAAUGGAUGGGUCCAAGGUCAAACUGGGACGAAAUCUUUGGUGAAGUUGCCCAUAAGGGAUAUAACAUGGUCCACUUCACACCGUUGCAGACACGUGGCGAGUCAAACUCACCAUACUCCAUUGCUGACCAGCUCACAUUUGACCCGGAACACUUUGCGGACGUCGCGGAUGUGGAAAAAAUGGUCGCAGACUUGGAAAAGAACCACAAAAUCUUGUCCUUGACCGAUAUCGUGUUCAAUCACACGGCAAACAACUCGUUGUGGUUGCAAGACCAUCCGGACUCGGGGUACAACGCGGUGACGGCGCCACAUCUCCAAGCGGCAAUUGCGUUGGACGGUGCGUUGCUUGCGUUUUCCGCACAGCUAGAUGCGUUGGGAUAUCCUAGCCAUCCGCGCACCGCACAUGAUGUGAGUGCUCUCAUGGCGGGCAUUCGCACCCAUGUGAUUGCAGAGCUCAAGUUGUGGGAGUUCUACGCAAUCGACGUCAAAGCUGCGCUCGAGGCUACAGCCGCGGCGUGGGGCGCGGAAGCAAUUGACGUUCCGGAAGAAGCCAAGUCUGAUUUGCCGAGAUUGGCCAAGUGGGUCGUUUCGCAGACAGCUGCGCCGUUUGUUCUUGCCGGAAGAGGCGAGUAUAAGCUUGAUGCGGGUAAGUUUGCAGGGAUUUUGGCGAGCCUUGUUGGCGAUGCCGCCACCGCUAGCGACUUUGCCGCCGCCUCUGCCGAAGCUCGCCGCAUCCUUGAUGAAAUCAACGUUCCCCUUUAUCGUACCUACGACGAAGAUCUUGCGGCCAUUCUUUCCUCCCUCGAAAGCCGCAUCCUCUACCUCCGAGUCGACGAAAACGGCCCAAAGCAAGGUCCCGUCACCGACGAACACCCCUUGACCGAGCGCUAUUUCACACGCUUUAGUGCGCACGGCACGGACUGGGCGUUGGCCAACAACGGCUGGAUUUGGGGCGGCAACCCAUUGGUCGACUUCGCAUCCAACCAGUCCAAGGCGUACCUCCGCCGUGAGGUUAUCAUUUGGGGCGACUGUGUCAAGUUGCGCUACGGCACGGGGCCAGAAGACUCACCGUAUGUGUGGAAGCGGAUGACCGAGUAUACGCGCUUGUGCGCGCGUGUUUUUCACGGGCUCCGGAUUGACAAUGCACACUCCACACCGCUUCACGUGGCCGAGGCUUUGCUCGACGUUGCAAGAGAAGUCAACCCGAACGUGUACGUGGUGGCGGAGUUGUUUUCCGGUAGCGAGGAGAUGGACACGAUGUUUGUGGAGCGUCUCGGGCUCAGUUCGUUGAUCCGCGAAGCGAUGCAGGCGUGGUCGGUCGAGGAGUUGUCGCGGUUAGUGCACCGACAUGGAGGGCGGCCAAUUGGGUCGCUCCAGUGGUUGCCAUUGGAUGAGUUUGCGUAUCCCGCGAUGGAUGAAAAGAGGGGGGAAGCAUUGGUUGCAAGGGACGAACACAAUCUUGGCGUCGAUGCCACGCGCGACAGUGCAUCCGAACUUGCUAUUCCCCGCGUCCUUCAGGCCGAGCCCGUCCAUGCCCUCUUUAUGGACUGCACCCAUGACAACGAAAUGCCCGCGCAAAAACGCUGUGUCGAAGAUACCCUCCCCAAUGCCGCGCUCGUCUCGCUCUGCGCGUGUGCGGUCGGUUCCGUCUUUGGCUACGACGAGUGCUACCCUGCGCUCCUCGAUGUGGUUAACGAGUCGCGCACGUACUCCUGGGGCCACGGCAUCGGUGAGGUCAAGCGCUUGCUCCUCCAGGCGCGCGAAGAAGCCUCUUACCAGUCGGUCGGCCACCUGGAGGACAACGAGAUGUACAUCCAUCAUGAGGACCAAUACAUCACCGUCCGCCGGACCAACGCCAAGACCGGCAAGGGCUUGUUCCUUGUCGCACGCUCCAAGUUCCACAAUGCGGGCACACAAGAAUUAGCGCCCAUCACGCUUUCUGGGACCCGUGUCGCCGCGAUGUUUGCGUACAGCUUGGUCAGGACAGGAGACUAUGUCGAAGACAAGCGCACCUUGGGGUCCAUCCCGGUGGAGGUUAUCAAAUUGGAUGAUCCCGCCAUAAGCUACGAUGCUGAGAAGAACGAAACAACCAUCACUUUGCCCCCAGGGUUUUCUCAGGGGAGCAUUGUGUUGCUUUCUACUACCAUUGACGAGGCGAACCUGGAGCUCGAUGAGUUUCUCACUACGGGCGCAAUCUCAGCCUCCAAGGACUUGGAUCUCUACGACUUAAACGCACUCUUAUACAAGUGCGAGCAGGAAGAAAGAGACGCAAGUGCGGGCCGUGAAGGGGUCUACAACAUCCCGGGGUACGGGCCGUUGGUGUACGCGGGACUCCAGGGCUGGAUUUCCGUCUUGAAGCCGGUGAUUGCCGCGAACGACUUGGCGCAUCCAUUAAUGGACCACUUGCGUCAGGGCCAGUGGCCGCUCGACUACAUUGUGAACCGCUUGGACAAGUAUGCGGGGUCGCGUGGGGUCGCGGCGUUCCGCGACUGGUUGCACGCGCGCUUCGCGGCAGUCAAGAAAGUGCCGUACUACCUCUUGCCACGUUACUUUGCGCUCGUGGCGGGCGUCGCGUACGAGGCAUUGCGCUUCCGGGCGCUCGCGUUACUCCCGCACCAUAUCCAACACUCUACCGCAUUUGUGCAGAGCUUGGCGAUGUGUCUGGUACAGAUGAUGGGUGAGAUGAACAACACGAGCGUGCUUCCCUUUGCAAACGUGCCGUGCAUGGCCGCAGGGUUGCCGCACUUCAGCAACGAUUACAUGCGGUGCUGGGGCCGUGAUGUGUUUAUCUCGUUGCGUGGCUUGUUGCUCGCAACGGGGCGGUUUGAGGAUGCCAAGACACACAUCUUGGGCUUUGCCGCGACGUUGAAACACGGCUUGAUUCCGAACUUGUUGGAUGCGGGGCGCAACCCGCGCUACAAUGCGCGCGAUGCCGCGUGGUUCUUCGUGCAGAGCGUUCAGGACUACGUGACACACGCGCCGGACGGGCUUGCGCUCUUGGACACGCGCGUUAAGCGUCGCUUCCCGCUAGACGACACAUGGGUUGCGUACGACUCCCCGGAAGCGUUCGCCUAUGAGUCGUCCGUGCGCGAAAUUGUCUAUGAAAUCCUUGCACGCCACGCGCGCGGCAUUGCGUUCCGCGAGGCCAACGCGGGCAGUACUUUGGACUCGCAAAUGCGUGACGAGGGCUUCAAUGUUGCCGUCAGCGUGGACUGGACCACCGGUUUGAUCCACGGCGGUUCCCCGUGGAACUGUGGCACCUGGAUGGACAAGAUGGGCGAGAGCGCACGUGCGGGGUCCAAGGGUGUACCGGGCACACCCCGCGACGGCGCCAAUGUUGAAAUCAACGGGUUGCUCAAGUCGUGUUUACGCUUUGUUAAUGGGUUACACUCCAAGGGGGCAUUUGAGCAUGCCGCGGUGGUCAAGCCAGACGGCGAAGAGAUCUCGCUUGUGGCAUGGGAGGCGUUGGUCCAGGAAAACUUUGAAAAGAAGUUCUACGUUCCGGAAGACCCGGAAGAGGAUUCUCAGUUCGACAUUGACAACAGCUUGGUGAACCGUCGUGGGAUCUAUAAGGAUGUGUAUCGCACAUCGAAGCCGUACGAAGACUACCAGUUGCGGCCAAACUUCCCGAUCGCGAUGUGCGUUGCGCCUGAGUUGUUCGCGCCGGCGCGCGCAUUGCGCGCGCUCCAGAUCGCGGACGCGGUCAUUCGUGGACCGAUCGGUAUGCGCACGCUUGACCCGUCUGACUACAACUACCGUCCAGACUAUCACAACUCCGAGGACUCUGACGACUUUGCUACGUCCAAGGGCCGCAACUAUCACCAGGGUCCUGAGUGGGUCUGGUGUAUGGGCUACUUCUUGCGUGCGUUCGCAGCGUUCCACGUCGUGGCUGACCCUAAGUGUGUUGCGGAUGGCAAGCCGUCGACGUACUUGUAUCAGAUGUUGUCUGGACGCUUGGAGGGACACCGUAAGUGGAUUCUGGAGAGCCCGUGGGCCGGCUUGACUGAGUUGACAAACCGAGAUGGUGCAGAGUGCUAUGAUUCUAGCCCAACCCAGGCCUGGAGCUCGGCCUGUUUGCUUGACUUGUUCUAUGAUGAGUGGAAUGAGUAGAUUUUGUAAUGUACUUUUUUUUGUGCUUGUUAAUGUAGAGAGGGAUAAUGUUUGUCUAACGAGAUGGUAAUUGCGUUACCGAAUGACAGAUCAUAGUUGAAGUUCCUGAAUGACGG